AUGACUAGUCAAAGCUGUAGCAGCUUUUGUCGUCUCUCUGUUGAGCUUCUCCCAACAUCUAAGUCCACCCCAGACAAUCUUUCUCUCAAACCUCACCGAUCUUCCGACUUUGCUUACUUCACUAUCCGAUCUGUCACCUUCGCCCGCAAAAUCGGUCUCACUUUCCGUGAUUUCCGACUGAUACGCAACAUAGGUUCCGGUGACAUCGAGACUGUCUACCUCUUUCGGCUGGCUAACAUUGAUGAAAACUGUUUUUCUGUUGUGAUGAAGGUGGUGGAUCAGGAAGCGUUGGUGAUGAAGAAAAAAGUGCAACGUGCUGAGAUGGAGAAGAAGAUCUUGAAGAUGAUGGAUCAUCCAUUUUUGCCUACUUUGUACGUUAAGUUUGAAGCUUCUAAUUUCUCAUGUAUAGUUAUGGAGUACUGUUCAGGGGGUGAUUUUCAAUCUCUUAGACACGAGCAACCUCGAAAAUGCUUCUCUUUUAACUCCACUAGAUACUCUUGUCACCGCUAUUUGCAAGGUCGGGACAAGAUCCAACAAUGCCUUCGGACACCGAGGUUGGUGAGCAGCAAAUGGGUGGGGAAGAUGAGGGACGGUGGAGAAUGA